GGAUCUUCAAGAGCACCUGUUACAUUGACGUGCGCUGGUUCCCCUUUGAUGUCCAGAGAUGUGAGCUGAAAUUUGGCUCUUGGACAUAUGGAGGCUGGUCCCUGGACUUGAAAAUGUUGGAGGCAGAUAUCUCUGGCUACAUUGCCAACGGAGAGUGGGAUCUUGUUGAGGUUCCUGGACAAAGAAACGAACGCUUCUAUGAGUGCUGCAAUGAGCCAUACCUCGACAUCACCUUCACGGUGGUGAUGCGCAGACGGACCCUCUACUACGGCCUCAAUCUGCUCCUUCCCUGUGUUCUGAUCUCCACUCUGGCUCUGCUCGUCUUUCUUCUGCCUGCUGACUCCGGAGAGAAGAUCUCACUAGGCAUCACUGUCCUUCUGUCCCUGACCGUCUUCAUGCUGCUGGUGGCAGAGAUCAUGCCUGCUACAUCAGACUCCGUCCCUCUAAUAGCGGAGUACUUUGCGACCACCAUGGUCAUCGUCGGUCUGUCAGUGAUUGCCACCGUACUGGUCCUGCAGUAUCAUCAUCAUGAUCCUGAUGGAGGCAAGAUGCCGAAGUGGACCCGUGUGAUCCUUUUGAACUGGUGUGCCUGGUUCCUGCGAAUGAAGCGCCCAGGUGAGGAUCGAGUGCGGUCAGCCUGCGACAACAAAACUCGGCGGAGCAGCCUGACCAGCAUAGACCUCAACGCUGCCACUUCAGCCUCUCUGUCCACCAACGGGAACUUACUUUACGUGGGCGUCCGCGGUCUGGAAAGCCUCCAGUACUCCCCAGGCGCCACCUCCCCUGACUCUGGGGUCGUCUGCGGACGGCUGAUCACUCGUGCUGGCGAGGAUGAGAUGCUUCUCCCCUCCAGUCACGGCUCUUCAGUGGGAAACAUGGAAAUAGAGCUGGCCAAGAUCCUUGACGAGGUGCGUUACAUCGCCAAACGCUUCCGUGACCAGGACGAGGAUGAGUCCGUGUGCAACGAGUGGAAAUUUGCUGCGUCGGUUGUGGACCGGCUCUGCCUUAUGGCGUUCUCGCUCUUCACCAUCCUCUGCACCAUCGGGAUUCUAAUGUCUGCUCCCAACUUCGUAGAAGCCAUCUCCAAAGAUUUUUUCUCUUAAAGGUCUUUUUCUCCACGGAAACAAAUGGAUCAGUGCUUCAAACCACCAGUCUUUAGACAUUGUGAGCUGGAAAUGUGGAAACUAAUAAACUAGAUCUUUAAAUUACUAAAUUUUAACUCUCAGUUUGAACAAAAGUGACACAAAGAAAUUAUAACAUAGGUUGUAUGUGAUGCAUAAAUAGCUAAAGUAAUGCAUUACAUCAUUACAUAUCUUUUAUAUUCACACAAUGAAGAAACAUCUAUUUUUUACCCUCUGUUUGAAUAUUAAACUGAAUAAAAAGAAGGAUUUUGUAAGGUUUGUUUCAUCUGCCAACAGGAAAUAGUGCAAGUGAUUUGCUCUGUAAUGUGUUAUUGUUAUUUCUAUGUUCCCUCAAGAAAGUCCUACUACAUGUAUUACACAUAAAAGACUGCUGUACUUUGUACUCAGACAUAUUACAUAGGUCGCUUUGAUGUAUUAUGUCAAAUGUUGUGCAAAUAUAUGAUUAAUUUUCUUUGAAACAGAAGUUUCUUUUUCUUUUUUUAAGCUAAUGAACAAAAUAUGUAGUAUUAUUCUGAAAUUUAAUUUAAUAAAACAUUAAAAUACCUCCACUUUUAUCUCAGUAAAUUUAUUUUUGUUUAGUUUUUGUCUGAUUAUGCAACAUUUUCUCUUAUCAAUCGAUCAAACUUUAUUUAUUGAGCGCUUUUCUUGCACAUUUGUAUAGCCCAAAGUACUUUACAAGUUAAAAGGAAAACUGGAUUAAGUAAAAAA